AUGCCACAAACAGUUAUCUACGCACGUGACAAAUGGCUUGCAAAGGAUGGGAUUAUCAUGCCAGAUAAGGCUUCUCUCUACUUCACCGCUCUUGAGGAUCGUAAUUACAAAGAUCAGAAAGUUGAAUUCUGGAAUAAUGUCUACGGCUUUGACAUGUCGAUCAUGAAAGAUGUCGUCGUGCGAGAGCCACUGGUUGACACAAUAGUCGCUGCUACUGAUAAUGGCAAGAAAGUCUUUCGACAGGUCGAGUACUAUUUCGGCGACCUGAAUCUCCAGCGAGAUAGAUUUCUCAUGGACGAAAUGAAAAAGGACGAAGGCUGGAUUUCACUUGAUACCAUGAUGAAGUUCAAAAGGUUAACCAAAAUCGUUGACAACAAGAAGGAAGGUGUCACCGCCGCUCUCGAAUAG